GCGAUUCAAUAUGUACUAAACCCCGGUGAUAGAGCAAGGCUAUAACGACAGCUCGCUAACUGUCCGGAGCUGCGUAAGCUCACUGCAGCUAUCUGUGGCUGUGGCAGCUCACCAACUGUGUAAGCUAGGGCACUUCACCAGCUGUCCUGAGCUGUGGCAGCUCGCCGGCUGUCUGCGGCAGCUGACCAGCUGUCCGGAGCCCGCUCCGCCCGUCAGGUCGGUGACCCUGUAUCGGUGGCGAGAAGCUGACAGCGGCGUCGACCACGCCCUCCACGCGGAGGAUGUUCCGGCUCCAAGGUCAGAGCCGAGCAGCGGGCUGGCCGCAGGAUGUUUUACCGAGCCAUCCCGGACCACCAGUCCGCCGCAGGGCCCCGGAGCCGGGUAUAAAACGGGCACCGGCCCGUCGGCAGGCACAGCUCAGGACCGCCGAUCCUCGAGACCGUCCCCCCGCCGCAAUGAAGCUGCUGGUUGUUCUCGCCGUGCUCUGUGCCGUCUCGGCCGAGCAGAAAUUCCUCUACCACGCGGGAGUGGUGCCCUCCUUCUACAGCGGCCUGGCGCCCUUCCCGUACGCCAGCCAUGCCGUCACCUACUCGGACAAGCCGGCCACUGAGGCGGUGAAGCAGGUCACCUACGCGGCCCACCCGGUGACCUACGCCGCACACCCGGUGACUUACCCGGUGACGUACGCCGCCUACCCUUACAUCCACGGCCUGCCGCUGAGCUUCAAGCCCGCUGAGGAGAAGGCGGCAGAGGAGAAGGCCGCCGAGGAGACACCCGUCGUUGAGUCUCGCUCCAAGCGCUCCGCUGAGGAGGACCAGAAGGCCGAGGAUGCCACUUACGUGUCCACGUACGCGGCCCACCCGUACCCGCUGACCUACUCGGCCGGCUACCCGUACACCUACCCGACCGUCUACAGCGCCGGCUACAGCCCGCUGGCCUAUCACGGCUGCACCUUCGGCAUCCACGGCUGCACCGUCUACAACGGCGUCUACCACAGCCCCACCGUUCCCGUGGUGCACUCCAUCAAGAAGCGUGGCGUGUCGGACGCCGAGGACCAGCAGGCCGACGAGGCCACCUACGUGUCCACCUACGCCGCCCACCCGUAUCCUCUGACCUACUCGGCUGGCUACACUUACAACUACAACCCGACCGUGUACCGCGCCCCGGCCGUCUACACCACCGCCAGCACUGCCUUCCCCUACUCCGGCUUCGGCUACCCCUACCGCUAUUACAUCUAAACGACACAGCGGCUUCUGAGCAGCAGCUGAGGCGGACGCGCUGACUGGAGAACCGACCCUAGGGAAGGGCGGCUGCCGGUCGGCGGUCCGCCCAGCGCGGCCGAUCGAGGAUUCGGAGUGGCCUGAGAGCUGUCUGACAGCGAGAGAUCGAGCUGUAUCGCGUGUCACUGGCAAACAUGUGCAUGUUCGUCUAUCAUCGUCAAUAAAAUGUAAAACCCA